ACAAAGCAACACACUCCCACAUUGUCUCUCUUUGUCUCUGACCCUGUCUCAUCUCAUCUCUGUUGAAUUUCCAACCCGUGCUUGCUUUGAUAUAUUCUCUUUCCCCUUUUCCUCCUUUCUCUUUCUUUCUUCUACACUCACAUUUCUUGUCACUUUAUGUAACCCUUUUGUGAUGUGUUUGCUUAUAAUGCUGCAAGCUUCCGCCUUUCACAAAUGAGAGAGAGUAGUUUGUAGUACUAGUAGCACCCUGGCACCCCAUCUGUUACAAAACCGGGUUGCUCAAGAAAAGAAUCAUUUCAUGUACCAUGCCCUCCAAAGGAAGCAGCUUUCUUCGGUUUCACUCUUAGUUUGAUAGCCUUUCUAUAUUUGCUUCUUUCUUUCACUAUGAACUUGGAAGAAGCUAAGAAGGGAGGUUUGUGAGUGGAGUAUUUGGUAUCUGAGGAUUUUGGUGUUGAGUGAGUUAACAGUUCUAUGGACACCAAAGGGAGACUGAUUGCAGGGUCUCAUAACAGGAAUGAGUUUGUUCUUAUCAAUGCUGAUGAGUCUGCAAGAGUGACUGCUGUCACAGAAUUAAGUGGUCAAAUUUGUCAGAUCUGUGGGGAUGAGUUAGAGGUUACGGUGAACGGGGAGCCAUUUGUUGCGUGCAAUGAAUGUGCAUUCCCUGUGUGCAGACCGUGCUACGAGUAUGAAAGAAGAGAGGGUAACCAAGUUUGUCCUCAGUGUAAAACAAGAUACAAGCGCAUCAAAGGUAGUGCUAGAGUUUUGGGUGAUGAAGAAGAGGAUGACACUGAUGAUUUGGAAAGCGAGUUUGAUAUUGGAGGCAAUCUUAGGCGAGAUCAUCCUCACAUGUCUGAGGCCAUGUUCUCUACACGCCUUAACUAUGGUUCAGUCAAUGGUUCAGUCCACACACCAUCAGAGUUUGAUGCAGCUUCUGUGGCUUCUGAGAUCCCUCUACUGACAUAUGGUCAAGAGGAUGUGGGAAUUUCUGCUGAUAAACAUGCACUUAUUCUUCCUCCAUUCAUGGCUCGAGGAAAACGGAUUUAUCCUAUGCCUUUUCCUGAUUCAUCUGUACCUGUUCAACCUAGACCUAUGGAUCCUAAAAAGGACAUAGCAGUUUAUGGAUAUGGAAGUGUUGCAUGGAAGGAAAGGAUGGAGGAUUGGAAGAAAAAGCAAAGUGAAAAGCUUCAGGUGGUUAGGCAUGAAGGGGGCAAGGAUAGUGAUGAGCUGGAUGAUCCUGACUUGCCAAAAAUGGAUGAAGGCAGACAACCACUUUGGAGAAAGCUGCCAAUUAGUUCAAGCAGGAUAAAUCCAUACAGAAUCAUAAUAGUACUCCGGAUUGCCAUUCUUGGCCUCUUUUUCCAUUAUAGAAUUCUCCAUCCUGUCAAUGAUGCAUAUGCAUUGUGGCUCACAUCAGUAAUCUGUGAAAUCUGGUUUGCUGUGUCUUGGAUUUUUGAUCAGUUCCCAAAAUGGAGCCCAAUUAUGAGGGAAACGUACCUUGAUCGUUUAUCUCUGAGGUACGAGAAAGAAGGAAAACCAUCUCAGUUAGCUGAUAUAGAUGUGUUUGUCAGUACAGUGGAUCCUAUGAAAGAGCCUCCACUUAUAACUGCAAACACAGUUCUGUCCAUCCUUGCUGUGGAUUAUCCAGUGGAGAAGGUUGCAUGUUAUGUCUCUGAUGAUGGUGCUGCAAUGCUUACAUUUGAAGCACUCUCUGAGACUUCUGAGUUUGCAAGGAAAUGGGUUCCGUUCUGCAAGAAGUUCAGCAUUGAACCACGGGCUCCAGAAUGGUAUUUUGCACAGAAGGUUGACUACUUGAAGGAUAAAGUGGAUGCAGCAUUUAUAAGAGAACGUCGUGCCAUUAAGAGGGAGUAUGAAGAGUUCAAAGUGAGGAUUAAUGCAUUAGUGGCAAUGGCGCAGAAGGUUCCUGAGGAUGGUUGGACAAUGCAGGAUGGUACUCCAUGGCCUGGGAAUAAUGUCAGAGAUCAUCCUGGAAUGAUACAAGUUUUCCUGGGACAAAAUGGUGUUCGUGACAUUGAAGGCAAUGAAUUACCUCGACUUGUGUACGUGUCCCGUGAGAAAAGACCUGGAUAUGAGCACCACAAAAAAGCUGGAGCUAUGAAUGCCUUGGUGAGAGUCUCAGCAAUAAUCACAAAUGCUCCUUACCUACUGAAUGUUGAUUGCGAUCACUACAUAAAUAACAGUAAGGCCCUUCGUGAAGCCAUGUGCUUCAUGAUGGAUCCUACAUCAGGGAAAAAGAUAUGCUAUGUACAGUUUCCCCAAAGAUUUGAUGGGAUUGAUCGAAAUGAUAGAUACUCAAAUCGCAAUGUUGUAUUCUUUGAUAUCAAUAUGAAAGGUUUGGAUGGCAUCCAAGGACCUAUAUAUGUGGGAACUGGGUGUGUCUUCCGGAGGCAGGCAUUUUAUGGAUAUGAUGCCCCUGCUACGAGGAAACCACCAAGGAAGACAUGUAACUGUUGGCCUAAAUGGUGCUGUAGUCUAUGUUGUGGAUCCAGGAAGAAAAAGAUUAAAUCAAAGUCAAGUAUGAAAAAGAUGACAAAGAAUAAGGAUGACAUUAAGCAAAUGCAUGCACUAGAAAAUAUUGAAGAGGGAAUUGAAGGAAUUGACAACGAGAAGUCCUUAUUAAUGUCUCAACAAAAGUUUGAGAAGAAAUAUGGGCAAUCAUCUGUUUUCAUAGCUUCAACACUCAUGGAAGAUGGGGGUCUUCCCAAAGCAGCAAGUUCUGCCACACUAUUGAAAGAAGCCAUCCAUGUAAUUAGUUGUGGUUAUGAGGAUAAGACAGAAUGGGGGAAAGAGGUUGGGUGGAUAUAUGGCUCAGUUACAGAAGAUAUUUUAACAGGUUUCAAGAUGCAUUGCCAUGGUUGGAGAUCUGUUUACUGCAUGCCCAAAAGGCCUGCUUUCAAGGGUUCAGCUCCUAUAAAUCUCUCAGAUCGUCUGCAUCAAGUUCUUCGAUGGGCUCUUGGAUCUGUUGAGAUCUUUUUCAGUAGGCAUUGUCCUAUAUGGUAUGGUUAUGGUGGUGGCUUGAAGUCGCUGGAACGGUUCUCUUACAUAAACUCGGUUGUUUAUCCUCUGACUUCAAUUCCCUUAAUUGCCUACUGUGCAUUGCCAGCUGUCUGUCUGCUCACUGGGAAAUUCAUUGUCCCUGAGAUAAGUAACUAUGCCAGUAUCAUUUUCAUGGCUCUAUUCAUCUCUAUAGCUGCAACUGGCAUCCUGGAAAUGCAGUGGGGAGGUGUUGGUAUACAUGACUGGUGGAGGAAUGAGCAGUUCUGGGUUAUUGGUGGAGCCUCCUCACAUCUGUUUGCUCUCGUUCAGGGUUUGCUCAAAGUUCUUGCUGGAGUUAACACAAACUUCACUGUCACAUCCAAAGCUGCAGAUGAUGGAGACUUUGCUGAACUCUACAUCUUCAAAUGGACAUCCUUGUUGAUCCCUCCCUUGACCCUACUAAUUAUAAACAUAAUUGGAGUCAUUGUUGGCGUGUCAGAUGCUAUAAACAAUGGCUAUGAUUCAUGGGGUCCUUUGUUUGGCAGGCUAUUUUUUGCCCUUUGGGUCAUUGUCCAUCUUUAUCCUUUCCUCAAGGGUGUCAUGGGAAAACAGGAAGGUGUUCCUACCAUCAUCUUGGUCUGGGCCAUUCUUCUGGCUUCGAUCUUAACACUGCUUUGGGUGAGGAUCAACCCAUUUUUGGCAAAAAAUGAUAUUGUGCUUGAAAUUUGUGGGUUGAAGUGUGACUGAGGUAACAAAAGAUGGAAGACAUGGUUUGAUAUUUUACACAGAUUAGUCCCGCAACAUGCAUACAUUUUUGGACAAAGACACGUUUCUGAAUGCAGUACUGAGAGCUGCCACCGAAAAACAAAGUUAUUUGUGGCGGGUGUUUGUAGAUACAACAUGUUUUGAAAGGUUUCAUUAUUCUUUUUAUACAUGUGCAUUAUCGAAAUUAGUCUGAAAUCACAGGUGAGAUGUAAUUUAUAACUUCUUUCCGAAUAAGGCAUCUCAUAUUUGUAAUCAUAAGUGUUCUCAUGUGUUUGAAAUCCCUUAUAAAAAGUGGGAUCUAUGGUUGGUUUUUAGACUGUUGCACCAAGUGAAUAAAACAUCUACAUUGUAUAGUA